AUGGGCGACAUGACAAAUAGCGAUUUUUAUUCCAAGAACCAAAGAAAUGAGGCCAAUCAUGCAGGAGAGUUUGGGUGCACACUGCAGGAACUGCGCUCCCUCAUGGAACUCCGAGGGACAGAAGCAGUAGUAAAAAUUAAAGAGACUUAUGGGGAAACAGAGGGGCUCUGCAGACAUCUGAAGACAUCACCCACAGAAGGAUUAGCUGGCACUGCUGCAGACCUAGAAAAAAGAAAGCUUAUUUUUGGAAAAAAUUUUAUACCUCCAAAGAAGCCAAAAACAUUCAUACAGCUAGUUUGGGAAGCAUUGCAGGAUGUGACUCUUAUAAUCUUGGAAAUUGCAGCCAUCAUAUCUUUGGGGCUUUCAUUUUAUCAGCCACCUGGAGAAGGGAAUGAAGGGUGUGGCACUGCAACAGGAGGAGCUGAGGAUGAGGGGGAGGCCGAAGCUGGCUGGAUUGAAGGCGCUGCCAUCCUCCUGUCUGUCAUCUGUGUUGUGCUGGUCACUGCCUUCAAUGACUGGAGCAAGGAGAAGCAGUUCCGGGGGCUGCAGAGCCGCAUCGAGCAGGAGCAGAAGUUCACCGUGGUGCGGGGGGGACAGGUCAUCCAGAUCCCCGUGGCUGAGAUCGUGGUGGGGGACAUCGCACAGGUCAAAUAUGGUGACCUUUUACCUGCUGAUGGGAUAUUCAUUCAAGGAAAUGAUCUCAAGAUCGAUGAGAGCUCUUUGACUGGAGAGUCUGACCAGGUCCGCAAAUCCGUGGACAAGGACCCGAUGCUGCUGUCAGGCACCCAUGUCAUGGAAGGCUCUGGGCGAAUGCUGGUGACUGCUGUGGGGGUGAAUUCUCAGACUGGCAUCAUCUUCACUCUGCUGGGAGCUGGGGGAGAAGAGGAGGAGAAGAAAGACAAGAAAGGCAAGAUGCAGGAUGGCAAUAUGGAGAACAACCAGAACAAAGCCAAGCAGCAGGACGGGGCUGCUGCCAUGGAGAUGCAGCCACUGAAGAGCGCAGAAGGGGGAGAGGGAGAUGACAAGGACAAGAAGAAAUCCAACAUGCACAAGAAAGAAAAAUCCGUCCUUCAGGGAAAGCUGACCAAGCUGGCAGUGCAGAUUGGCAAAGCAGGUCUGGUGAUGUCUGCCAUCACUGUCAUCAUCUUGGUACUCUAUUUUGCCAUUGACACCUUUGUGGUCAACAAGAAGCAGUGGUUGCCUGAGUGCACUCCUGUCUACGUUCAGUAUUUUGUUAAAUUCUUCAUUAUUGGUGUUACUGUGCUCGUGGUUGCUGUUCCUGAGGGACUCCCACUUGCUGUCACUAUUUCUCUGGCUUAUUCUGUAAAGAAAAUGAUGAGGGACAACAACCUGGUGCGGCACCUGGACGCCUGUGAGACCAUGGGCAACGCCACGGCCAUCUGCUCGGACAAGACGGGCACGCUGACCACCAACCGCAUGACCGUGGUGCAGGCCUACGUGGGCGACGUCCACUACAAGGAGAUCCCCGACCCUGACUCCAUCCCUGCCAAAACCAUGGAGCUGCUGGUCAAUGCCAUUGCUAUCAACAGUGCUUACACUACAAAAAUUCUGCCACCAGAAAAAGAGGGCGGGCUGCCUCGCCAGGUGGGCAAUAAGACGGAGUGUGGCCUCUUGGGGUUUGUCCUGGAUCUGAAGCAGGAUUAUGAGCCCGUCCGGAGCCUCAUCCCCGAGGAGAAGCUCUACAAAGUUUACACCUUCAACUCCGUCAGAAAGUCCAUGAGCACAGUCAUCAAACUGCCGGAUGGGAGCUUCCGCAUGUACAGCAAAGGAGCCUCCGAGAUCGUCCUCAAGAAGUGUUCCAGGAUCCUCAAUGCAGCUGGGGAACCUCGGAUCUUCAGGCCCCGCGACAGGGACGAGAUGGUGAAGAAAGUAAUUGAGCCCAUGGCCUGUGAUGGGCUGAGAACCAUCUGUGUGGCUUUCAGAGACUUCCCCAGCAGCCCUGAGCCUGACUGGGACAAUGAGAACGACAUCUUAUCUGACCUGACCUGCAUCUGUGUCGUUGGCAUUGAAGACCCAGUAAGGCCAGAGGUGCCAGAAGCCAUCCGAAAGUGCCAGCGAGCCGGGAUCACCGUGCGCAUGGUCACUGGGGACAACAUCAACACUGCGCGUGCCAUUGCCAUCAAAUGUGGCAUCAUCCACCCAGGAGAGGACUUCCUCUGCCUCGAGGGGAAGGAGUUCAACAGGAGGAUCCGAAAUGAGAAGGGAGAGAUCGAGCAGGAGCGGAUUGACAAAAUCUGGCCAAAGCUCCGGGUGCUUGCUCGCUCUUCCCCCACGGACAAACACACUUUGGUGAAAGGUAUUAUUGACAGCACACAGGUGGAACAGAGGCAGGUGGUAGCUGUGACUGGGGAUGGAACCAACGAUGGACCAGCACUUAAAAAGGCUGAUGUUGGCUUUGCAAUGGGCAUCGCCGGCACGGACGUGGCCAAGGAGGCAUCGGACAUCAUCCUGACGGACGACAACUUCAGCAGCAUCGUCAAGGCCGUCAUGUGGGGCCGCAACGUCUACGACAGCAUCUCCAAAUUCCUGCAGUUCCAGCUCACCGUCAACAUCGUGGCCGUCAUCGUGGCCUUCACCGGAGCCUGCAUCACCCAGGACUCUCCCCUGAAGGCCGUGCAGAUGCUCUGGGUGAACCUGAUCAUGGACACAUUCGCCUCGCUGGCGCUGGCCACGGAGCCUCCGACCGAGGCGCUGCUGCUACGCAAACCCUACGGCCGCAACAAACCGCUCAUCUCCCGCACCAUGAUGAAGAACAUCCUGGGCCACGCUGUCUACCAGCUCACCCUCAUCUUCACCCUGCUCUUUGUCGGUGAGAAAAUGUUUAAGAUUGACAGUGGGAGGAAUGCCCCACUUCACUCUCCUCCUUCUGAGCACUACACCAUCAUCUUCAACACCUUUGUCAUGAUGCAGCUCUUCAACGAGAUCAACGCCCGCAAAAUCCAUGGCGAGAGGAACGUCUUCGAUGGCAUCUUCAGAAAUCCCAUUUUUUGCACUAUUGUCCUGGGUACAUUCGCUAUUCAGAUAGUAAUUGUGCAGUUUGGAGGAAAGCCAUUCAGCUGUUCUCCCCUGCAGCUGGACCAGUGGAUGUGGUGUGUAUUUAUUGGAUUAGGAGAGCUGGUGUGGGGUCAGGUCAUUGCAACCAUCCCAACAAGUAGGCUAAAGUUUUUAAAGGAGGCAGGGAGGCUCACUGAGAAGGAGGAGGUCCCUGAGGAAGAACUCAAUGAAGAUGUUGAAGAAAUAGAUCAUGCAGAGAGAGAACUCCGACGUGGACAAAUCCUCUGGUUCCGAGGGCUCAACAGAAUCCAAACCCAGACUGACUAUUCUUUUGCUCUUUUUGGCCUCCUUUUAGCUGGACAACUUGUCUCGUUCUUUCCUCCAUUACAGAUCGAAGUAGUCAAUACUUUCAAGAGUGGCACUUCCUUUCAGGGGGCUCUCAGGAGACAGUCCUCCGUCACAAGCCAGACCCAGGAUAUCCGCGUCGUGAAGGCAUUCCGUAGCUCUCUCUAUGAAGGUUUAGAAAAACCAGAAUCUAGAACCUCUAUUCACAACUUUAUGACUCAUCCUGAAUUUAGGAUAGAAGAUUCCCAGCCCCACAUCCCACUCAUUGACGAUACAGACCUAGAAGAAGACCCUGCUCUCAAGAAAAACUCGAGUCCACCGUCCUCGCUGAACAAGAACAACAGUGCUAUCGACAGUGGAAUCAAUCUUACAACUGAUACAAGUAAAUCAGCUACCUCUUCUAGUCCAGGAAGCCCAAUACAUAGCCUGGAGACAUCACUUUAGCUGAAAAGGUCACUGAAAGAAAAAAAAAAAAAAGAAAUAUAAAAAGUUAAAGUAAAAUAAAAUAAGAAACCCCACAACAACCGAGAUAUAUAAAUAUAUAUAUUAAAAACAUUGCUGGCUGAAAAGCUGUUUGAACUCUUAUUCACUCUGAGACAAGUGAAUGAAUUGUUGAUCACAAUGGUUUUGGGGAAAGAAUGAAUGGCUGAUUUACAUACCGCCCCCCGUUCCCUUUCAGAAAAACAAAAACAAAAAAAAAAUCCUCCUGCAUGAAUGUACUGUACACUGCUGGCCCUUCUUUCUCUCUUUUUGUUUGUUUUUAUUUCCUUCUUGGGUU